AUGGGUCGUCCGAGGCGUCAGAAUGUUGAUAGUGCUAACAAUCGGUUGGUAGAUCGUGUACGCGCGUCAUGGGAUGCGUCGUUACGUUCAAUUAAAAAGAUUAAUACAUUAGCCGAAGAAGCUAAAAUAAAUGUUGAACGUCGCGCAUUAUUUGAAGCUCAUCACGUAUCAUUGAAACGGUUCAUUGAACAAUUUGAGUUACAACAACAAGAAGUAUUGAAUGCUCUUGUAGAAGUAGAUAAUGUAGUCGAGUUUGAGACUGUUGAUGCGGAGGUCACUGAUGUUAUGGAAGGAGUAUGCACAAAUAUUCAAGUCAUUGUAACGGGCUUCCAAAGUGCUCCUCUCAGUAUGGCAUCAAAUACUAUGGGUUUUAGUAGUACAAGGCAAGUAUCACCGGCAGUGGUGCUUCCAAAAAUUGAAUUACCAAAAUUUGAUGGUGAGGUACUAGGCUGGGCUUCGUUUCGGGACAUGUUUCAGUCAUUAGUGUAUGACAACACUUCUAUCUCCAACAUUGAACGUUACCAUUAUUUAAUAUUUUGCUUGUCCGGUCCAGCACUAACGGUAGUGAAAGCGAUUCCUCUGACGGCGGAUAAUUAUAUCAUUGCGUGGGACGCGUUACAAAAAUCAUUUGACAAUCAAAGAUUAUUAGCAUCUGCACAUAUUGACAAAUUAUUUUCAUUUGUACUUUUAAGAAAGGAAUCGUUGUCGUCACUGUGCUCUUUUGUUAACAUAUUUAUGGAAAAAGUUGCUGCUAUUAAGGCACUUGGGGUGAAUGAUCUCUCUGGCUUUAUUUUGUUUCAUAUCAGCGCUCGCGUUAUUGAUCCAGAAACGAGAAGACUUUUUGAAGCCAGUAUUUCUCAGAAUUCAGUACCUAAUUUAGAUACUUUGUUACAAUUUUUCGCACAAAGAUGUAAGAUUUUAGAAAAUGUUGGAACUAAUGAUAAACAAGAUAAUACUGUUAAAAGUAAUGAUAAGAGGAUGAAAAUAGGGUCUCUUGGUAGAACCUCGCUUUCAGUUUCAACUUCAUCUACCACAGCCAAGUGUGUAUUUUGUGAACAGAAUCACCCGUUAUAUCUCUGUUUUACGUUCAAACGGCAGUGGGUCGCAGCGAGGAGGAAGCUUGUCAGUUACAACAAUGUGUGUUUUGUUUGCUUAAAUACGGGACAUCAAACAAAAUCAUGCACGUCGACGUUCAAGUGUCGAACGUGUGGUGGCAAGCAUAGUAUCCUAUUGCAUCUGGACAAUAUGAAGACGGUCGUUGAUAGUGAUGUCAAGCGCUCAACGGAGAGUGCGGAGUCGACGGCAAACAAGAUACCUACCGACAGUCCAAUCAAGUUCUCCGGGGCUGCGCGUUCAGAAACCACAGUGAUUCUAGGCACAGCAAUUGUACGCGUGAUUGACAGCAUGGGCAAUUUACAACCGGUACGCGUUUUGCUGGAUAUUGGGUUCCAGGUGUCCGCGAUCACGUCGGAGUGUUCGUCUCGACUUGGAUUAAAAUGUAUCAAGAGCCGAAUAGAGGUAACAGGACUAUCUCAACAACGAGUGACUAAAGUCAAGGGUGUCACGCAAUGUAAAUUUGCCCCUCUUCACACGGAAGGUCCGCAGUUUUGUGCUUCAAGCGUCAUCUUCCUUAACCACAUCACCAUGCCAUUAUCGAGUGAUAAACUGCCUACUACGGUGCGGGAACGGUAUCACCAUUUAGUCCUUGGCUGA